GUUUUCAGAGACGGAGGCUCAUCCCAGCACUGUCCCUUGAUACCACUGCCUCUGUAAGAAAACCCGCCAGCCGCAAAAGGGUCCACUGGGCGGAUGACCCCUUGCCUAGCACCCAGAGGGGCCUCGAGGAACCUUUCGAGAUCCAAGUCUAUGAGAUCGAUGACGUGGAGCGGCUACAGCGGCGACGAAGGGGCAGUAGCAAGGAGGUCACAAGCUUCAACGCGAGACUGAAAAUUCUGGAGCAUCGCCAGCAGAGAAUUACCCAGCUGCGGGCCAAGUACGAGUGGCUGAUGAAGGAGCUGGAGGUCACCAAGCAGUACCUCAUGCUGGAUCCCAGCAAGUGGCUCAGCGAGUGUAAGGCCCCGGGUUCCUUCCCAUCCCUGGGGCUGCCAG